UGACCCCAUGAGCAUCAGCCCAGCACCGCACAGCCAAGACUUAGUGUUAUGAUUCAGAAAGAAAAGACUGGCAGCUUUGGCGGGAAGAAAGACCUCACAAGGAAAACCAUCAAGGAAGGCCUAAGGCACGUUUGGACCUGGAGACUAUCACUUGAAGAUUUGUCAAUCGACUAGGAUCCAACAGAUGGACUGCCUGGAACUUGCCAAGUUGCAAAAGCAUUUAAAAAGCGAAACUGCGCAAGACAACUGCAUUGAGGUCUUUUAAUAGCUUACAGGAUGCCAACCUUGCCACCCCAGGGGUCAAGGCAUCCGUGGGUCUCCAAUUCACUCCACAGCCUUCUGGUAGACAGAUGGGUCAAGAUCCAUAUUGUAAGAUCCGAACUCUGCCUCUCGCAAGAUCUUGACAGCCACAACUUGAACCAAAGAAACGAUUCUUACCUCGUGACAUCUCCCACGGACCUGCAUGUCCAGGAACCAGUGCCCCACUUCGAUCUUUGCGAGACGACGUUCAAAGGCUAAAAGACGAGAAGGAAGCCUUGUUGGUAGAGGUGCAGGAGAUCUACAGUAAGCAAAAGGCUCGCUCGGAUCGCUUGCUCCCUGACCCUCGUAACCUCCGAGCGCCAUGAGCAAAAUGGUAUUCCUGCGGCGACGGAGUGGUCCGGAAAGACAUCCAAAAUGCCCUGGAUAGCAAUUUGGCUACUAGUAGAAAAGGGCAUCGCUAGUACUAACAAGAAGCUACUAGUAGCUCCUGGCCUUACUGCUAGUGGUAUAGCAGGUGGCGGUUGAAAUGUUUCUCUUAGCUUUUACUUGGUUCUCCAUCCAUUUGGACAGUGCUCCUCCAGUUAUCGUGACAAGACGGCUGGAGGUGCUCUCCACCCAAAGGUGUUCUUUCAAUCCCAAGCAAGGCGAAGGUUCGAGAAAGGUAUACUCGUAUCUUGAGGUAUGAACGACAGCAAAGGGACGGCUUAAGGGACCUCAACCAGUCUCAUUUGUGCCCUCCGUUCCCCGUGAAGGUAAAAUGGCUGGAGUGUCAAAAGCCUCCCGUGCUGAAGUUGGUCGGGGUUGUUCUAUACACCAAUACCUCGAUCGUGACUGAGGUCCUGAAAUGACCAACUCGAGCCAGACUGAAAUUACAAACAGUAUGCUCAAGCCUCCUUCUUUGUCCCAACUUUGGAACCCACAACAGAAGGCUUGGGAACUAAAUCACAGACCUUCGAUGCCAGGCUUCCUCCAGAGGCGGGCUGCAGGGUAACGAUUUCGCUGGUGUAUGAGGUGCCUACUGCACCACAACCUGCAAAUCCACCACAAAAAUGCGAAUCUCACGUCACCCGUGUUGUAAAAUGUACUCACCUGCCAAGAACCUUUGGGUGGACUUGCUUGAGCAAGCUGAGCCUCCCGGUGCAUCAGGUGUUCAGGGAAUUUGAGAAAGCAGUUCCAUAUGUCGGAUCUACUCAUCCUAGGUGUGAACAACCUACAGAAUUGAUUCAUUUGAUUCAUUUGCUUGUUCCAGGAAGACUCUGAUGAGGAUGCAGAGGUCUUGCAGAGGCUGGCUCAAAUGGUGAAGAUGGAUGCUGACCUAGAUCCUGCGGAGCAUGGUGCCCAUAGUGCGGGCAUUUCUCUUGGAGCACCAGAGCCGCCCCGUCGCAUGGCCGAGCUCCGUGCGGCCGCGGAACGGCGCCUGAGGCAAUCGAGUCGAGAGCCACUCAAGGAUAAGGAGAGAGACUGUCUAUUCGCGGAGAAGAAGCAGAGUGAAAGACAGCCGAUUCGCGACACUGGCGCUGUGGGACAAAGCAGAACACCUGGUUCGCCCCACGUGACGCAAGGAUCAGCAGGUCGAACACUGACACCGAGAGGAGCUGCCUACAAGCCACGAAAUUUGUACAGCAGUCGGGCUGAUGGCCUGUAAAGUCAAGGUCUGCGCGUGAGGAAUAUCCUCGAUGCGAGGUCAAUGAUGCCGAUUA